AUGGCAGUAUAUGACAUCAUCAAAGGUGCACUGUUUCUUGUGCUAGUAGUUAUCGGACUCCCUGGGAACUUACUAAUCAUGACAAUAUUUUCCCUUAUAUUAGUAAGUGGAUCUAAACUCCUUUUAACAGAAAUAAUGAUAGCAGGCAUUGCAUUAGUGAAUUUUAUCCUGAUUAUAACCAGAGGUCUUCCAGCAACAUUGCUUGUACUUUUUAACUUAAACAAUUUGUAUGGUGAUACUGGAUGCAAAUUUUUGAUUUAUUCAGCAAGAAUUUCAAGAAGUCUGGCAAUUAAUCUGACAUGUGUUCUAGUCUGUAUUCAGUGUAUAACUCUUCUUCCUCCAACAUCUAACUUGACUUCUUUUAAACCAAGAUUGCCACGAUACAUCCUAGCUGUUUGCAGUUUAAUUCUUAUGUUAAAUGUGUUAACAGAAGUUAUUCCUUUCAUGUAUACAGUAUCAAAAUUAAAUGGCACUGAUGUACAAUAUUCAUUCAAUUUCGGGUACUGUAUUAUCGCUGUCCCUAAUGCUAUAAUAUUUUUCACUUUUACAUUUACUUACUUUUUUCGUGACUUCACAUUUGUGAUACUUAUGAUAAUUUCCAGUGUGAUUAUUUUACAGAUACUCUUUAGACACAGGAUAAGACUGAGUAACAUAAGGAAUAAUGUGCAAAGCCAACAAACAGCUGCAGAGGUCAGAGCAGCCAAAGUUGUGGUUGCAUUAGUAACCAUGUAUGUACUUUUCAUUGGAUUUGAAAAUACCAUCUUUCUUUAUCAGAUUACAGUUUCUACAUAUAUUCAUCGUGUUGUUUCAGAUGUCCGUCAUUUUUUUUCUGCAUGCUAUGCAACAUUGUUUCCAACUGUAGUUAUAAUGACCAACAUUAGAAUUAAGCACGCUUUGAAAUGUGUGUUUAAGGGAAACCAGUCAAGUUGUUAA